AUGUGUGAAAAGAUGAUCAACUUACACGAAUCCAUUGGUGAUCUAAAAUCUCUAGUUAUGCUCGACUUAUAUGGGACACAAAUUGAAGAACUCCCAGACAGCAUUUGUAGGCUGAGUUCUCUCAAAUAUCUAAUUCUUGGUCCAGGCUCUUCGUUAGAAAAUUUGCCUAAGUCAAUUGGUGAUCUAAAAUCUUUGGUUGAUCUUGAUUUGCAUAGGACACAAAUUGAAGAACUCCCUGAAAGAAUUCGGAGGUUGAGUUCUCUUGGAAAGCUUAUUCUCAAUGGUUGUGUGUCACUAAGAAAGUUGUCAAAGCUUCCCUCGACUUUAACUCACUUGAAGGUUGAAAGUUGCAUUUCAUUACAGAAACUUCCAAGUUUGUCAAGCCUAAAGAAUUUGAGGGAAUUAAACCUAAGUAAUUGCAAAAUGUUGGAGGAGAUUCAAGGCCUUGAGGCAACAAAAUCCUUGGUUGAGUUUUCCCUGUAUGACUGCGACACCAUUGAGACUCUCCCAGAGGUUCCCUUGACUUUAACCUCACUGAAGAUUGAGAGUUGUUUUUCACUACAGAAACUUCCAUAUUUUUCAGGUCUAAAAAAUUUGAGGGACUUGGUCCUUUCUGACCGUGACAAGUUGGAGGAGAUUCGAGGCCUUGAGGCAACAAUAUCCUUGGAAGAGUUUUCCCUGUAUGACUGUGACACCAUUGAGACACUCCCAGAGCUUUCCUCGACUUUAACCUCAUUGAAGAUUAAGAGUUGUUUUUCACUACAGAAACUUCCAGAUUUUUCGGUUCUAAAAAAUUUGAGGGAGUUGUUCCUUUCUGAUUGUGACAAGCUGGAGGAGAUUCGAGGCCUUGAGGGAACUGAAUCCUUGGAAAAGUUUGGCAUGUAUCACUGUAAGACCAUAACAGAUACUCCAAGGAAGAGGCUUGGCCAGGGUAAACUUUUAGUGGAUCUGUUUUCUGGAAGUUAUUCUUUGAAUUUGAAUGAUGGGAUAUACAAGGGCUUAAUUCUAUGCCUUGUGUUUGAAUUGGACAUCAAUGAACAAGGCAGACGACGGAAUACUGGGAAAGAUAUAAUCUACAUUCACCACUUCAAAGGGUUUGACUGGUUUGGGUUUCCAUUGAAAGGAAUAGAUGCUAUUGAGGAAAUAAGUGUACAGGGACGCGAUUGUGAUGUCAAAUUCUGGAAGCUCUUGCCGGAAAAUACAGAAACUGACCAGAGGAUGGUAGCAGAUUUCUUCUGA